CCCCCCCUCCACCCCCCCACCCAAAAAACAAAAGACAUACAUACAAGUCGCCAUCAUGCUGUCCACGCACACGUUCCUUCGCUCGUCGGCGUCCGCCGUUCGCUCGUUCAGCACCUCGUCCGCCCGCGGCACCAUGGCCAAGAUCUCAAUCAUCGGACGUCUCGCGGCGGACCCGGAAUUGGCCACCUCCAACGACGGCAAGGAGUAUAUGAAGUACACGGUUGGCAGCUCGUAUAAGUCUGGGGGCGAGGACAAGGUCUCGUGGUUCCGCGUUGCGGCCUUCGAGGCGUACUCGAAGAACUACCUGCUCGCUCUGCGGAAGGGAACUCUCGUCUACGUCGAGGGAAACAUCCGGACCAGGAUCUUGGACGUCGAGGGCAAGUCGGUCACUAGCUUUGAUAUCGCUCAGCGUCAAAUCUACGCUCUGUCCCGACCGAAGUCAGCCUCUCCCGAGGAGGAGGGUGAGGAGGAGCACUAAACGCACUUCUAACGGGUAGGGAGAAACGAUGGGCCGGACGGACUGUGUCGUUUGUUCACGCGCGGGAUGAAGAUUGUACAAUAGUUGAUGGCAAGCCAAGCAAGAGCAAGGUGUAUGCAACAGUCGCGAUACCGAUACCGAAACCGAAGAAUCGAU